UUAUUACUCUCUUUCACCAUUUUUCAUGGCUUUUUUUCCUCAAACAUUUCUGAAGAUUUUAACUUUGUUUGGUUGUUUGUCGGUGGAGAGUAGCAUCCAAUGUUAUUAAAAAUAAAAAUAAAAACCUGCCCUUUCAAUUAAAACCCAACAAAAAUCCAACUAUUAUCAUCCUUCUGGUUUCUGGGUUUAUGUGGUUUGUAAUUUAAGCCACAAUCAUUUCAGCUUCCAUCACUUCAAAUGCCAGUUUCUUCUUAACAAUUCUCUCUGUAAUGUUGGUUCAAAGCUUUAGCUGUUGUUGAAAAAACUUGAUUCUCUGCAUAAAAACAAAGAAACUGAAACUAGAAUCAUGGACCACAAAUCAUGGCUUUGGAAGAAAAAAACUUCGGAAAAGACUAUUGUUGCUACGGAUAAGGUCGAUGUUUCUGUGAAACGAAUUAAUGAAGAGGAACGAAUGGAGGGGGGACGAGAUAGAAUAGUAAAGAAUCUAAAUGAGAACCUUGCUUCGGUUCUCCUUGAUAAUCAUGCUAAGGACGAUUUGAUGACAAAAAAUGUGAAAAUGGCACCGGUACUGAAUGCAGGUCAGGACAUGGCUGAAGCAGAUGCAUUCGCUCUGAAGAAAGAGCUACAUGAAGCUUUGAGGCAAGGGAAAUUGGCAAAUGAAAAGUUGACUCAGUCGGAGGUUGCGUUGAAGGAAUGUAUGCAACAGCUAAAUUUUGUUCGAGACGAGCAGGAGCAAAGGAUCCGUGAUGCUGUUGCAAAGACAUCAACUGAGUUCGAGAAAGAACAGAAAGCAUUACAAGACAAGUUGACAGACACAAACAGAAGGCUUGAAGAGUUGACUAUCGAGAAUUCUCGGCUAGCUAAAGCCUUGCUAGUCAAAGAAAAAAUGAUCGAAGAUCAGGAGAAGCAGAAAUCUCAAUCAGAAGCAGAAUUCAGUGCACUAAUGGCUAAAUUAGAUCUCACUGAGAAAGAGAAUGCAUUUCUCAAAUACGAGUUUCAUGUUCUCGAGAAGGAGCUUGAGAUCAGAAACGAAGAGAUGGAAUAUACCCGUCGAUCAGAAGAUUUAGCACAUAAACAACAUUUGCAGGAUGUAAAGAACAUUGCUAAGUUGGAAGCCGAAUGCCAAAAGUUACGUUUACUUCUACAAAAGAGGCUGCCAGGUCUGGCUGCCGUGGUGAAAAUGAAGAAUGAAGUCGAAAUGCUGGGAAAGGACAAGUCAGAGACAAGAAGAAGAAAGCUGAACCCAACUAGAGAUUUGAUCGUCAGAGGCUCCACUGCUGACAUAUCUCCUGAAAAUCCAAUCAAGAGUAUCAAUCUCUUGUUGGAGCAAUUACACAAUGUGGAAGAAGAAAACAAGAAUCUCAAAGAAAUAAUGACCAAGAAGAAUGCUCAAAUCCAAUCAUUGGGUUUAAUAUGUUCUCAAACAUCAUCCAGGCCAACAACAGAAAUUGGGAUUCAGCCUAAAGAGUUGUUUAAAGGACAAAAGUCCAUGGAGCUGGUAAGGAGUAGUACGAUAUCAAGUGAACUAUCCAUAACAUCAGGUUUUGAUAUUGGCAGCUUUGAUGGAACUAGCUCUUCUUGUUCAUGGGCUAAUGCAUUGUUUCCAGAAUCUGCACGCUUGGACAAAAGACUUAAGAAUCCAAUGGAUCACAAGGUCUUUACAGUUCCAGAAAUGAGAUUAAUGGACGAUUUUGUAGAGAUGGAAAAAUUAGCCUUAUCGGAUGGUAAGGAAUUGGUGCCAUUUGAGCAAGGUCAUGGUACCUUCAGCAAUACAAAGCAGAUGCAGUCAAAAGAUGUAGCAGGUGAAAGAUCAUUUGAUUGGCUUCAGGUUGUUUUGCAAGCUAUCUCCAAGCACAAAUGUAUUUCCAACCGAAGUUCAAUUGAAAUUCUUGAGGACAUCAAAAUUGCUUUGGGUUGUAGCAGUCUUUUAAAUGCUCCUGAUGUUGAUAAAACUGCAUGUUCAAUGCAUCCCAUAGAAGCUGAUGGUCCCCAUAUCAGCGGCUACAUAGCCUGGAAAUCCCCGAACGCUUCUCCUAGUACAGGUUCACUAAGCGGAGCUUCUAGUGUUGAGACCUCAGCCGAAAAAACAAAAAAGCCACUGUUUCAGCCUGAUCUGAACAAGUCAAUCGGUAAAAUCAUUGAACUGAUUGAAGGAAUUGGACUAACAUCUUCCGAUUCUUCUGACAGUUGUCUAGAGAAAAAUCAAACCCCCAAACAAUCACCAGCUCAUGCAGACUACUUUGUUCGUGUUUUUCAAUGGAAAAGUUCAGAAUUAAGCACCGUUCUACAACAUUUUAUUCGUGCAUGUAACAAUAUGUUGAAUAAAAGGGCUGAUCUUGAAACUUUUGCUGAAGAACUCUCAUUUACUUUGGACUGGAUUGUGAACUAUUGCGUUACUCCUAAGGAAGCUUCGAGUGCGAGGGAUAAGAUCAAAAGACAUUUUGGUUGGAAUGAUUCACAAAGUGAAAAAGAAGUUGCUUAUGCAAGCCAUGGUGUGGAAUCAGAUGUGACCCACAUUUCUAAAGAACAAACAUCACUUGUAGACUCCUUUGCUUCUUUGCCUGAUCAGAGUCACAGUGUUAUCCCCCCACUGGAGGAAGAAAACAAGAGAUUAAAAGAUGAUCUGAAGGAUAUGAAAACGAGGCUGGAGUCAGAAACAGACAAGAGUGAGGCCCUGAUGUUACAACUUCAAGAAUUAAAGGAAAGCAUCGGAAGCUUACAAGCAGAACUUAAUAUGUUGAAAGAAUCAAAGGAAAUGAUAGAGGAACAGGUUGAAAAUCAGAAAUCAAUUAAUGAAGAUCUCGAUACACAGCUCACUGUUGCCAAAGCUAAACUAAACGAGAUCUUCCACAAGUUAUCAUCUUUGGAAGUUGAGUUGGAGUACAAAAAUAGCUGUUGUGAAGAGCUAGAAGCUACUUGUCUUGAGCUUCAACUCCAGUUAGAGAAG